AUGGUUCGUUGUGUGAAUGAAACAUCCGCUCUCUUCCUCAAUGCCUCGCCUCGUGUCGCGGCACUCCAGAUGAGCGACGAUAGUGACAUGGACGUGCUCGCUUUAAUCUUCGACGUGCUCACCGUCCUGCUUGGCCUUCCGGGCAACGCCAUCGUGAUCUUGGUGGUGGUAUUUCGGCUCAAGGCAAGCGUCCUCAACGUGUGGCUGGUCAACCUAGCCACGGCGGACCUAAUCUUCUGUGUCACCCGAAUCUUCUCUCUGGUCAGGGUUCUGUUCCUGGACCACUGGCCCUUUGGCUUGUUCAUGUGCAGGGUCAAAGCCUUCUCCAAGUACACCAACAUGUUUUGCUCCGUCUUCAUGCUGGCCGUCAUCAGCGUGGACCGAGCCGCCUGCGUGUGGCUGCCAUUGUUAACUCGGCGCCGCCGCACCGUGUGCGCCGCCCGGCUCGUGGCUUUGGGCACAUGGGUGGUGGUUGUUACCUUAAGCUGGCCCUUCUUCUAUUACCGAGGCAUCUUGGUUUGCGACAGAAACCUGAGCAGCUGCAUCUUGGAUGACAAGAACCACAGACAGGUCAAGACGGCACUUUAUGUCGUGCGCUUCCUGUGCGGCUUCCUGAUACCCUUCACGGUCAUCCUGGCUUGCUACAUCCUGGCCGGGGUGGGCAUUCGCCGCACCCGCUUGACGGCUACGACGCGCCCCCUAAGGCUGAUGGCCCUGCUGGUGUGCGCCUUCUUCAUAUGCUGGGCUCCUUACCAUGGUCUGCAUAUUCUCCGGUUGGUGGACAGCAGAAGCUUGUGGGACGUGCUGAUGCCCAUCGCCAAGGGCCUGGCUUUCUUCCACAGUUGCGUCAACCCGUUUCUUUACUUCUUUGUGGGGUACAAGAUGAAGGGCUGGCCCAAAAAAAGUCUGUCGCGAGUGUUCAAGAACGCUAUGGAUGACAACUUUGCCAAUGAGAUCGGGCAGUCCAACUACAGCAUCAGAAACAGAGUGGAAAUAAAACUGACUGUAAAAUAG